UGUAUGGCGGUUCAGCCCCCUGUGGCUUUGCCCAACAGGGCUGAGCUCCUAGAAGAAUAUGACAUCAUUACUGAAGACGACACUGAAGAGAUUAAAGAGGCUCUUGAAGGAGGGAGAAUGGCAGACGCAACAUCCAAGAUUAUGGAAAACUUACAGGCCUUGGAGAAUGCUCGUCUUGAUAUUGCAGUAACAGGAGAGUGCGGCUCUGGCAAGUCCUCUUUUGUCAAUGCCAUCCGGGGCCUAGGGGACACAGAUGAUGGUGCUGCCCCCACUGGGGUGGUGGAGACAACAGUAAAGCCCAUUCCUUAUCAAUUCAACAAGUACCCCAAUGUGACGAUCUGGGACUUGCCGGGAAUCGGUACACCCAACUUCCAGCCCAACACUUACUUGAAACAGGUGAAUUUCUCCUGUUAUGACUUCUUCAUUAUUAUUGCCUCAGAGCGCUUCAAAUUCAACCAUGCCCGGUUGGCCCAAGAAAUCCAGAUGCAGGGCAAACGCUUCUAUUUUGUACGUUCCAAAGUAGACAUGGAUGUGCAGGCUGCCAGAACGCGUCGGCAACACACUGACGAGGAGGGCGUCCUGCAGCAAAUCCGCAAGAAUUGUCAAGAGUGCCUGGAGGCAGAAAAUGUGGCCUCUUCCCACAUUUUUCUCCUUUCCAACUGGGACUUCAGCAAAUAUGACUUUAUGCUGCUAGAGGAGACCUUAGAGCAAGAACUUCCGAGCCACAAGAGACACGCCUUCCUCCUAGCCCUGCCCAACAUCUCUUUGGAAAUUUUGCGCAAAAAGGAAGAGACCUUACGGAAACAGAUCUGGAAGCUGGCCAUUGCCUCAUGUGGUGCGGCAGCUAUGCCCAUCCCGGGUCUCUCCAUGGCCUGCGACGUGGCCAUCCUGGUCAAGUCCCUCUCGGAGUACCGCAAGAACUUUGGCCUGGAUGACGAAUCCUUGGAGAACUUGGCGAAGAAGGUGGACAAGCCUGUGGAGGAGAUCAAAGAGGUGAUUACAUCCCCAUUGGCCAAAGAGAUCACCAAGGAUGCAGUGGUGAAGAUGCUCAGCCAAGGGACGGUCACCAAGACUGGUGGUGGGACGUUGAUGGUGAUACUGAAUUGUAGCAAAGUGUCCAUAUUUGGUUCCCUGGUUGCUGGGGGGAUUGCCUUCGGAACCACCUACUACAUGCUGUGCAGUUCCCUCAACGAAAUAGCAAAAAUUGCUCAAGAUGUACUCAUCAAGGCCUUGGAGUCUCAUGUUUGA